GGGGUCUACUUCUUUCAAUCAGGGCCUUUCCUUUCAAACUGGUUCCUAUUCAGGCAACAUUAUUUGACACAAACACCCUCCAAUUUCUUCGAAAUUGCAGGGCCCAACCAUUCGUACAUCCCCGUGGAGGAGUGGCAUUUCGGUAAACUCGACCCCCAUUGCCUCUCCCUCCGCACACCUGACAGCAUACCAACCGCCCAAAACCCUAAAAGUGGGUAUCGGGACUGUUGGUUUACGUUUCCCCAGCUGAAGCUUUUAGGGUUUCAAUCGGUUCUAUUGAAACAAUCCAUGUCAAAGAGGGUUCUCUGCAAGUUCUUUGCACAUGGAGCUUGUUUGAAAGGGGAUCAUUGUGAGUUCUCGCAUGAUUGGAAGGACCCGCCUAAUAAUGUGUGCACCUUCUACCAGAAAGGAGCCUGUUCUUAUGGAGGCCGUUGCAGAUAUGAACAUGUUAAAGUUUCUCGUUCACAAUCCUCCACCACAUCUUCAUCUGCAAGUUCUCACCACUUUUUGGUUUCUGAUUAUGCUAGUCUAAAUCGUCCUUCUGGGACUAUGCCUGUUGGGUCAACUGCAGUUCCUGGAAUUGCUUCAGAGCUUUCUGCUACAAGUAAACCUUUCGUUCCCCCUGCUGCACCGGCAUGGGGCCAAACAUCUGGGCAACAGUCUUUGUUAGAUACCAAUGAUGUUUUUGAGACUAGGAUUAUUGAUCCAGCCGAUCAUUCGAUAUGCUCAUUUGCUGCUGCUGGUAGUUGUCCUCGUGGAGAAAAAUGUCCUCAUAUCCAUGGGGAUUUAUGCCCCACCUGCGAAAAGCAGUGCUUACAUCCUUACAGACCCCAGGAGAGGGAGGAACAUAUUAAAACAUGUGAGAAAAAGCAAAAGCACCUGGAAGCUUUAAAGCAUAGUCAAGAAAUAGAAUGCAGUGUGUGCCUUGAGCGUGUUCUUUCAAAAUUGACAGCAGCUGAACGGAAGUUUGGAUUGCUAUCAGAGUGCGAUCAUCCAUUUUGUAUAUCAUGCAUCCGGAAUUGGCGUAGUAGUUCCCCAUCCUCUGGUAUGGAUGUCAAUUCUACAUUGAGGGCAUGCCCAAUAUGUAGAAAGGUUUCAUACUUUGUCAUUCCCAGUGUCAUCUGGUAUUUUACAAAAGAAGAAAAGCAGGAAAUUGUUGAAAGCUACAAGUCAAAGCUCAGGUCUAUUGAUUGCAAGCACUUUGACUUUGGAAAUGGGAGUUGUCCCUUUGGGACUAGUUGUUUUUACAAGCAUGCAUAUCGUGAUGGUCGUUUGGAGGAAGUGGUUUUGCGCCAUCUUGGGGAUGAAGAUGGACAUACAGUGAUUGCUAAGAAUAUUAGGCUCUCAGACUUCCUCAAUAGUUUGCGUAUAAGGUGAAGAAAAUGUUUAGAGCUUCCAGGGUAUUGCAAUUUAAUGUUGUCCCAGUUUAGGGAGCCAAAAUCUUGAAGUUGGGUGAUGAAAUCCAGGCAUAGUUUCUUCUCUGGCAGCUUGCCUGCUCAAUUUGUGGAGAGGUUUAUUAAUUUUGCCAAAUUCCAUGUUGGAACGGAUGCAAAUAGUAUUCCUAUUGCCUUAGAGCAUCAGAACAAUUUGACUUGGAACUGCUUUUGCUGUUGUGGAUUCCAGGCGUUGGAUGGAGGCUGGGAGCUAAUGAACAUGUGAAUAAAUUUGCAUCUUAUAUUUUGGAAAAAGAAAAAAGGUUUUGAAGGGUUUGUAUGAUGGAUAAAUGAAGAAUUAUCGGGUGAACAAUCAUUAUGUAGUAAAUAAAUAGUCGAUGAAAAUAAAGGAUGUAAAAUAGUCGGAAUGCUAUAUUACCCCCACCCAAAUCACAGCAUCAGUGUGUUUGAAGAACUGUAAAUAUUCGGGCAACGGGUUUUAUGAUGAUAGUUUUAUAUGUUUGUAUCGAGUUUGUUGGGUUUCAAUUUUGAGCAUUGGGUAGAGAUUGGAUUUGUAUUGUACUUUGUAAGUUUUUUCUGGUUAAAGUUAGCAACUAAUUUGUGGUCA